GUUGCGAGCUGGCCGGCGGGUUGCCUGACGCCCCCCCACAACACAGCACCGUGGCUGCCAACUCGGCCCCCGUGGCGGCCUACCCGCCCGCCCCGGACAUGUCCCACAUGUCCGCCUACUACAACAGCUACCCCGACUACCGGCCGCCCCCGCCCGACGAAUACCCGGGCGCGCCGGGCCCAGGAGGCGGCGGGGGCGGCGGGGGGCACUGCGGCCAGGAGUACGACCCCCGCAUGCCCCCCACACACCCGUACUACACUCAGCAAGGCUACCCGCGCUACCCGCCCUACGACAGACUCAUGAACAAUUACUACAACGCGCAAACACCUCAGCACCCACAGACUCCACACGGCAUGCAACCGCACGACGCCCACGACUACCGCGACCCCUCGCCCGCGGCGCCCACGUGCAUGGGCCAGCAAGCGUCCCCGCCCGUGCAGCAGUACUCCUCCUGCAAGAUGGCGGGGCAGCAGCAGGGUCCGCCGCAGCAACCACAGCAGCAGCCGGGCAUGGAUCCGUCCGGAGGUCCUCCUCAAGACACAGCCCACCACAUGGCCGCGCAGGAACAUGGCCAGGGAUGGCCAGCCCAGCAGCCGCAGCAACAAAAUACCCAAGCCGCCCUCCCUUCGCCGCUCUACCCGUGGAUGAGAAGUCAGUUCGGUAAGUAG